AUGCUCUUGCAUCGUCGUCUCGGCCAUGAAAAUACCAAAAACCUCAAUCGUCUUGCUAAAAAUGAGAUUGUGCGUGGUCUUCCAGUCAAGGAUUUCAUAACCUUUGAGAAAUGUGUUCCUUGUGCUCAAGGCAAACAUCAUCACAAGACACAUAAAUCAAAGUUGGUCAAAUCUAUCAGCAAGGUUCUUCAGUUGUUACAUUUGGAUUUGUUCGGUCCGAUCAACAUUCUCAGCAUCAACAAUAAUUCUUACUGCCUGAUUGUGAAUGAUGAUUACUCACGGUUUACAUGGGUUUGCUUCUUAUCCAACAAGAGUGGGAUUGCUGACAUGAUCAAGAGAUUCAUUGUGAUGAUUGAGAAUCAGAAAAAUGAAAAGGUGAAGGCACUUCGAACUGAUAAUGCUUUGUUCGGACACCACAACAAAAAGGUGUUGCAGAACGGAGAAAUCAUACUCUUGGACAUUGCAAAGACUAUGCUUUGUGAUUCCAAGUUAUCGGUCUUAUUUUGGGUUGAAGCGAUCAACACAGAAAAUGUUUCAAGUUCCUGCUCUUGUACCAGUGAAAUUGUUGAAGAUGAAGAGGAAGAUGUUGUAUACAGACCUCCCCUGGUGACUUCAGUGUCUCCUAUAGUGGUUGAAGUUGUUCCAAGUACAUCCCCAAGUUCUCCAAGUCAAAGAAUCAGUUCUGAUGCUGAAGCUACUCCUCUUACUCCUAGAGAAAGAGAAUUCAUAACUAGAGAUUCUUCCACUACCACUCCACCAUUAAUGAAGCUUCUUUUUCCUGAACCUAUUUCAAAUGAGUAUGUGGCCAGUACCUCUCAUGGUCCUAGAUCGUUGGAGUCGAGUGAUUCAGCUGAGACCGAUUUCUCAAAAUCAACAAUCUUCCAGUCUCAUUCGAUGACUUCAGCCAUGAAGUUCCCACCAGAGUCCAACGCGAUCAUCCGAUCGAAAAUGUCAUUGGUUCUCUGGAUGAUGGAGUCAAAACAAGAAACCAAUUGGAGAUGUUAA